UCACCCACUGAGCCACAAAGGGAACUCUUCAGCCUGUCCUCUCCAGAUAGGGCCCAGCCAGCCCAAGCUCCCCACUGUGGGGAUGCUGAUUUGGCAGGCUGUUGCUGCAACCCACUAGUGUGCUUGGGACCCCGCGAGUCUUGCUGGGCCAGCAAGGUCCAAACCCAGGUCACCCUGCCUCCUACCAUCACGGCAGUCCCCACAUCACACUGCAAAAGCAAUUAUCUGGAUCAUCUUUAUGGGGUUUAAGCUUGGGUAGGAGCAGAUGGGGUGUGAGCUGGGGAUUUGGGGCUGGGUACCCACUCCACCCACGUCUCAAUCUCUUAAAAAGCCUUCUCUGGCACAGGGUUGGGGCAGAGGCCAGCAGAGAAAUGGACGGGACCCAGGAGAGGGAAGCAGGGACAAUGAUGGACCAAGAGGAGAAGGAAGAUGGGGGCUCGGCCUCAUGCAUCGAAGCGGGCUCUCCAGACCAGGAGGGCUUCUUCAACCUGCUGAGCCACGUGCAGAGCGGCCGGAUGGAGGAGCAGCGCUGCUCACUGCAGGCAGGGCCAGGUCCAGCCUCCGAGAACCAGAGCAGCCCUGCACCCGAGAUGGACAGUCUCAUGGACAUGCUGGCCAGUACCCAGGGCCGCCGCAUGGAUGACCAGCGUGUGAUGGUCAGCGCCCUGCCUGGCUUCCAGCCUCUGGGCCCCAAGGACGGAGGGCAGAAACGAGCCGGGACCCUCAGCCCCCAACCCCUCCUCACCCCUCAGGACCCGUCUGCUCUCAGCUUCCGUCGGAACAGCAGCCCCCAGCCCCAGACACAAGCCCCCUGAGGGCCUGAGGCAUCCUGGGCCCCACUUGGCCCCCAAAAGCAGACAAUAAAACACUU